CCUCUGAAUCUUGCUGUCGAUUCAUGGGACAUGCAACAAGUUGUGGAACUAUUUGCGGGCCUUCUUACACACCUGCAAACUAAGCAACAGGAUCCUGAACAGGAAGACUCGGCAGGCGACCUCAGUGGUUUUCAUAAAGCAUCAGAGUUGCAGGGGGAUGCAGCAGAUGGAGACACGUCGCCAGAAAGCAUUUCUGCUGAUUUCCUUCCGAAGAGGAGCCAGGAUCGGAAUUGGUCAGAGUCAUGGAAAUUGGCUGUUAAAGGUGUUCUUCAGAAACAACGGCGUGAACGAAUACGAGAUAAAGGACUUCAGAAAGUGCAAGCCUAUACCAGAAGAAUCAUUCCGAAGUCAGAAGGCACUAGGGAGCAUCUUCGCAAGAUUUUAAGCGCAAGUUUUCUUUUCGGUGAUCUGGAACCUAGCUUGAGGGAGGAAAUUGUGGAUGCUUUCGAGGACAUCAGAGUAUUAUCCGGACAAAACAUUAUCAAGCAAGGGGAUCCUGCAGACAAUUUUUAUGUCAUUGUAAGUCUUGAAAGGACGUUGGGGAAUUUGACGUUCUUGUCCGGAAGGGGAGAGAAGCACCCGUGCUUGUGACAAGGAAAAGCCCGGGAGAUUUCUUUGGAGAGCUUGCUCUCAUGUAUGACAGCCUCCGGAAUGCGACAGUCAAAGCCACAACAAAUGCGUUUGUGUGGGCUGUAGACCGUACAACG